AAUAUUUCCUUCUUCAUCCUCAAUACUCAUCAAUAGUCGACCAAAGUUCACGACUUUAAUGUAUUUUGUUAGAAAAUGACAAACAGUAGAACUUUAACGCAGAUGAGAGAGGAAUUAAAGCGAGAGGAAGCUCUGCUUAAAAACAUUAAGAAUAAACUAGUGGAUCAGUUGCAAAGAUUGAAGGUUGAGGAAUUAGCCUUAGUUAAGUAUCUUUCCACAGGAGAAUCAAGCAAUUUCAAACAAGUGUCAAGCUCCACUGGAUCAUAUUUUAAAAAUAACAACAGGAAUAUGAAUGAAACAGAACAAGACAUCAAUAUUAUACCCUUAGUUGAUUUAACAUCCAGCAAUACAUUAAUCUCAAAUCAACAAUCUGGAGUGGAUGAAGAGGAAGAAGAAGAUGAUGAUUAAGAAGAUUUGACAAUUAUCUCAUCGGCAAAAUGUGAAGGUCAUAAACAUGAAGGCAGUUACACAAGUAAAAAAACCAAAACAACUAAAUUUAUGCGGUCUUGAAAGUUAAAAUGAACAAAAAGCAAUGCCGUUUUUACUAUUUCUUCUAUGAAAGAUGUACAAGGUUAAUUUUAAGACUAUGUUAAAUUUCUACAAUAGAGGAAUGCUACAUCGCUUGAGGGAAUAUGAUUUAGGAUUGUGUUUCUGGUGAACCUAAAAUAUAAAAUAUAUGUUAGUAAAUGCAUGAA